GAACUUAUUUCCCCCGCACCCAGUAGGGUGUAAUCGGCAAAAGGGCCUGAGGGUAAGGGAUGUGGUGAGGGAAAGGGGAGCAGAGGAUGGCGCAGGCUCUCUGGGGUCAGGUUAGUUUGUCACGUAGGAAAGGUCAACGCUGGGCCGUGAUGGUUCCUUCCCUCUGGACUUAAAGUCCGGGCUGUGGGGCUUCUGCACGCUCCCCAUCUUCCUGGCGCGCUCCUGGGUGGCAGCGGGGGUCCGGAGGUGGCAAGGGGGUGGGGUGGGGAGAGGAGAGACCGGCGUCCCCAGGUUGGCCGAGCAUCUCCGUCCCCAGCGGGAGGCCGCGGGAAGCCGCGCCCACCGGGGCGAAAUUUCCCGAGGCCGGCGCCGGGCCCGAAGCCCGCGGGGAGGGCCGCGCACGCGGGAUGCCGCGCAGGUCGACCUUAAAGGAGCCGGCGAGUUCGGCGUGCGGCCCCCGCGGCUAAAUCGCCGCUAUUCCCGGCUAAGCCAAGGUCACCCUUUAAUCCCGUCCGACCCGUGCGGGAGGCAGCAGCAGCGGCGGGGGGCGCGCACCUGCGGGCGGCCGCGGGCCCGAGGCGGGGCGGCUCCCGAGGCCGGCGGGCGGGGGGGAUUCGCGGUGGGCGCGCCGCGGCGCCAGUGCGUCACGCCGGCGGAGGGACGGUGGGCUGCGGCCGAGCGACCGGCGACGAGGCGCGCGUCCCGGGCUCGGCGGCGACCGGCGCCUCAUUCAUUCGCGCUCCGCCUUCGGGCCCCCGCGGCGCGGCUGAGAGGAUGGCCUUCCCAGUAGAUUUGCUGGAUAACUGCACACAUGAGGAACUGGAAAAUUCUGCUGAGGACUAUCUCUCCAGCUUAAGGUGUGCAGACCCUGAAAAUCCAGAGUGGUUUUCUAUUCUCAAUAUUACGAUUCCUAUUAGCCUGUCAAAUGUGGGCUUUGUGCCUCUUUAUGGUGGCAAUCAGGCCCAGAAAAUUCUUGCUCUCUUUGCACCUGAGGAUUCACUCACAGCUGUGGCACUUUACCUUGUUGACCAGUGGUGGGCCAUUGAUGAUAUUGUGAGAACAUCUGCACCUUCGAGAGAGGGGCUAAAGCAGGUGAGCACUCUCGGAGAAAGAGUGGUUCUGUAUGUUCUCAACCGAGUUAUUUAUAGAAAGCAGGAAAUGGAGAGAAAUGAGAUCCCAUUCCUGUGCCAUAGCAGCACUGACUAUGCUAAGAUUCUGUGGAAGAAAGGAGAGGCUGUUGGGUUUUACUCAGUUAAGCCUACAGGAAGCUUAUGUGCCUCAUUUCUUACUCAGAGUUACCAACUGCCAGUUCUUGAUACAAUGUUUAUAAGAAAGAAAUACAGAGGAAAAGAUUUGGGGCUUAGUAUGCUGGAGGACUUUGUUGAUUCCUUUACAGAAGAAGCCCUUGGCUUGCGGUACCCGCUGUCUUCUCUCAUGUACACAGCUUCCAAGCAAUACUUUGAAAAGUACCCAGGAGAUCAUGAACUUCUGUGGGAAGUAGAAGGGGUAGGUCAUUGGCAUCAGCGGAUACCAGUCACCAGAGCAUUACAGAGAGAAGCGGUUAAAGUUGCAGAGAUUUCUCAAUAUGAAGCUAAAAGACCUGUGUCUGGAGAGUAUGGUCUUGCUGCUGUACCAGAAUAUGAGCCUGGAAUGGAAGACAGUCAGUCUAGUGAGAUGCAGAUCCAUUCCCUAAAAGAUGCCUUUGCUAGCACUUCUGAAGGUCCAGAAAAGACGCCUGUUUCUACUCGGACUCGAAGCAGUCACCUAAAGCGACCAAAGAUCGGAAAGCGGUUUCAGGAUUCUGAAUUUAGUAGUUCCCAAGGUGAAGAUGAGAACACUGCCCAGACUUCACCUGUGGCUUCAGUAAACAAAAUAGAAUAUUCUGCACGCACUUCAGAGAGCUCAGAAGAAUUCUUGGAAGAAGAACCUGAGCAGAGAGGGAUUGAAUUUGAAGAAGAAAACAGUGAUAAAGAUGCACAGCCUGCACUGGACACUCAGCCACGCCUAGAGAAACAGGAUGGUGGUGACAAAGACUCUCCAUUAGAGCCUGUGAAUGGUGAGGUCGUGGAUGAUGCCCUUAAGACCUCACUGGUGACUGACGAGGACUCCACCAGUGAAGGUCUGGAAGAAGAGGUAAAAGUUCCAUCUUUGAAUUCCAGAGAAGAGACUGUGAAUACUGUUCCAGUGGUGGCAGACUCUCAAAAAACUUCUGAGGCUGCACCAGACAAGACCUCACCUGUUUCUGACUCAGAAAUGUUGACAGAUCAAGGCCCAUCUGAUGAUAAAGGACAUACUGAGGAAAAGUUAGUUUCAAAAAAGAAAGCACAUUUGGGGAGCGCAGACAGUGUUGCCACUCUGUCAAAUGAAGAGAAGUCUGACAGUGGUUUUCCAAAUUGUGCAGCAACAGACUUUCCUGAAGAACCGGUCUCUGAGAAUUUAUCACCCAACACUACUUCCUCACUGGAGGAUCAGGGUGAGGAUGGGGUCCCGGAGGCCCAGGAAACAUCUGCUGCUCAGAUAGAGGUAGAACUUGAAGAUGUGCCAUUCCCACAGAAUGCAGGGCAGAAGAACCAGUCAGAGGAGCAAUCUGAAGCAUCUUCUGAGCAACUGGACCAAUUUACACAAUCAGCUGAGAAAGCUGUGGAUAGCAGCUCAGAGGAGAUAGAGGUGGAAGUUCCUGUAGUAGACAGGAGGAAUUUGAGAAGAAAGGCCAAAGGACAUAAAGGACCUGCAAAGAAAAAAGCCAAACUGUCCUGAGUGAAGAAAUGCAUAUGAUAAAUUCUCUUCUUUGUAAUGUAGUUGUUGUUUUUAAACAUGGUAAUUAAUAAACAGCAUGGGGCACAGGACAGAUUCCAAAGUUUCAAUCUGAACUUAUUUAUAAACACAGGUUCCUCUACCCUUCAGGGCUCACCAUUCUUUUUUAUUAUUUUCUCUAACUUUUAUUUUUAUGAACCAUUUGUCAAUUUUGGGAAUCCAGGUCAAACAUUUUUCUUUAGCACGUGGAACAUCUAACCAUUAAUAUUUAAAAAAAAUUAAAAAUCUUAGUAGACUUUCUAACACAAAGAUCCCAGAAAUCUUUUAUACUAAGGGCUUUAAUGGUAAAACUUGGCAAGGGUUCUCAAUGUUUUAUCUCAGUAUCAAAAACAAUCUCCAUAUUUUUAAGUGUAGGCAUAACUAAACAAAAAUGUGUCCUAAAUUUAAAUAAUCUCAAGUGAGAUGACAAAACAUAGUUUAUGGUAGUAGUGAACAUGAUUGUUUUUAUUUCUCAUUAGUUGUAGAUAGUUCAACAUCUGUGAAGUACACAGUCUAGCCUUUGUAUCAUCUGACGUUAACAGUACCUUUAGAGACUUAACUGUGGCAUAUGGGUAAUUUAAAAUUCCACCUGACGUAUUAGUUUGGUAUAAUUUCUAAAAUUUUCUGUAUAUU